AUGGGAGAGACUAACAAUGUCACAGAGUUUAUCCUGCUUGGUCUUACUCAGGAUCCUGCUGGGCAAAAAGUAUUAUUUGUCAUGUUUUUACUCAUCUACAUUGUGACCAUGGUGGGCAACCUGCUCAUUGUGGGGACAGUGAUUGCCAGCCCCUCCUUAGGCUCCCCAAUGUACUUCUUCCUUGCCUUUCUCUCACUUAUGGAUGCUGUUUAUUCCACUGCCAUCUUGCCCAAGUUGCUCACAGAUUUACUUUGUGAUAAGAAGACCAUUUCCAUCACAGCUUGUCUGGUUCAGCUUUUUGUGGAGCAUUUAUUCGGUGGUUCCGAGGUCUUCAUUUUGGUGGUGAUGGCCUAUGAUCGCUAUGUGGCCAUCUGUAAGCCACUGCACUAUUUGACCAUAAUGAAUCGACAGGUUUGCAUUCUCUUGUUGGUGGUGUCCUGGGCUGGAGGAUUUGCUCAUGCUCUGCUUCAAGUCAUCUCUGUGUAUUUACUUCCUUUUUGUGGACCCAAUGUCAUUGACCACUUUGGCUGUGACAUAUACCCACUAUUGCUACUUGCUUGUACUGACACCUACUUUCUUGGCCUUUCUGUCAUUGGCAAUAAUGGGGCAAUGUGUAUAGUCAUCUUCAUUCUUCUCCUACUCUCCUACGGAAUCAUUCUUAGAUCUCUCAAGAAUCACAGUCAGGAAGGGAGGCGCAAAGCUCUGUCUACCUGUGGUUCCCAUAUCACUGUGGUUUUUCUCUUUUUUGUCCCCUGUAUUUUCAUGUAUGUUAGACCCGUUUCUAGUUUUCCUAUUGAUAAAUCCAUCACUGUAAUUUAUACUAUUGUCACUCCCAUGUUGAAUCCUUUAAUAUAUACUUUGAGAAAUUCAGAGAUGAAAAAUUCUAUGGAAAAGCUCCUGCAGAAAAUAUUAAGUCCAAAUAGAUCACGGCUUUCUUCUUGCUGCUUGUAUUGCUAA